AUGGCACCACGAAGAGGGAUCAAGUUUAACCAUCGGAAUGGGCAUAGCUCGGGCAUAGAUGGGAGGAGGAGCAGUUUUUCGGAUAUCAGCGAAGCAGCCUCAGAACCUGGAUCUCCAAAACAAUCGGGACCAGGAGCGGAUGUGGCAUUAGAGUUCCAAGACCAACCUGUAUCGGAGUAUGAAAAAAAGAAGCAAACCUUCAUAACGCGGUCGAUAUGGACGUUUGUGAUGAUUGGAGCCUUCUUCGGGUCCAUGUUCAUGGGACACAUCUAUAUCAUUAUUAUUGUGACGGCAGUCCAGAUCGUUUCCUUCAAGGAGGUUAUUGCGAUAGCGAACGUCCCCAGUCGCGCGAGAAGGCUAAGAUUUACGAAAGCGUUGAACUGGUAUUGGCUUGCUACGACUAUGUACUUCUUAUACGGUGAAAGCGUCAUCUACUACUUCAAGCAUAUCGUGUUGGUUGACAAGGUCCUUUUGCCAUUCGCAACUCAUCACCGGUUCAUAAGCUUUAUGCUCUACGUUAUAGGCUUCGUCUUCUUUGUUACCUCUCUUCAGGCUGGUCAUUACCGAUUUCAAUUUACACAAUUCGCUUGGACACACAUGGCUCUAUACUUGAUCGUGGUACAAGCACAUUUCAUUAUGAACAACGUGUUUGAGGGGAUGAUUUGGUUUUUCCUGCCCGUUUCAUUGGUUAUUUGCAACGAUAUAUUCGCGUACUUGGUUGGAAUUACUGUUGGAAGAACCCAAUUGAUCAAAUUGUCUCCAAAAAAGACCGUGGAGGGAUUUCUCGGAGCCUGGAUAUUUACAGUCAUCUUUGGAUGUGCCAUGGCAAACGUGCUCAUGCGAUACAAGUAUUUCAUUUGCCCUGUAAAUGAUCUUGGUGCAAAUAUUUGGACUGGACUUGAAUGUGUUCCAAAUCCGGUAUUUCUUCCGCACACGUAUCAUCUUCCCAUCUGGUUUCCAUAUAUCAAAUCAUUCGUCAUGGCACCAAUGCAGAUCCAUAUUCUCCUGUUCGCCACUUUUGCGUCGCUCAUCGCACCUUUUGGUGGAUUCUUCGCCUCGGGUCUUAAGCGUACCUUCAAGAUCAAAGACUUUGGAGACUCGAUUCCUGGUCACGGAGGCAUCACUGAUCGUAUGGACUGCCAAUUUAUCAUGGGCUUCUUUGCGUACAUGUAUUACCACAGCUUUAUCGCCCAGAACAAAGUCUCUCUCGGAGGUGUUAUUGAGCAGGUCAUUACGGGUCUUACUCCUGAGGAGCAGAUGGAGCUUGUCAAAGGCAUCAGCAAGCAUCUUGUCAACCAAGGAGUCAUCACUGAAGGCGUAAGCACUGCAGUGCUUAAACGAGGUGCCCAUCUUGCUCCUAUACACUACACCAUUUCACGACGCGGUGGAAGCUUAGACAUAUCUGAUACCGCGAAUUUCUCCGCUCUGCAUGGUCACCUGCAAGAGAUCGAAUCUCGCUUUGCCUCAACUACUCGCGAACUAGAGAAGAAUACAGUUGUCCGGAAAGCCAGGCGCAGGCAUGAUACACAAGCCGAGACUGUCCUGUUGGGUGAGGUGGGCAGACCAGGGAAUUGGUUUGCGACUUUAGAGCUUGGAGAACCCGCACAGCAUAUUAAGAUGGAUUUAGAUAUGUUGACGGCAGAUUGCUUCGCACAUUGCAGACCAGCGCAGCAAUGGAUUCGAUCACUUGGACCAUCUGGUGCAUACCUUGGCCUAGCUCCUUCGUCGUCGCUAAGCCAGCUUAAUACAACGAGUUUGAUGAAUCAAUUGAUCGAGAAGGAGAUUAUAGAUUUGCCAAUGUGGUCAAUUGUUUUGUUGAAUGGUCAAGACGGCUUAUUUAGCAUUGGAGGUACGCCAGUUGCUGCCAUCAGGGAAGUCGAGAGGGAGACACGAAAAUUACUCUCAAGUCAAGAUAGCCAUGUAGAGCUGAAGAGAAGUAUGCCUCUUGAAAAAAGAGUUGCCGAAUACAAACCGUCAAAGGAAGCAGAAUCUAAUAUGGAGUGGAAGUGGUUGAAAGUCCGGGGCUCUGAUGGGUGGUGGCAGGUACAAAUGCAUGGAGUCUGGGUUGAUGGUACCAAAGUGGUCUACAAUCAGCCUGCCAUUCUUGAUGUCAAUACACCGUUCAUUAUAGCACCACCUAUGGCAGCUAGGGCAUUUUAUGCUACAACGUCAGGCAGUCGACAACUACCACCUCCUCAUGACCAAUUUCACGCCUACCCCUGCCUGAGUCCCCCGAAAGUACAUCUAGACUUUUCUGGUUGGACGGUCGAAAUACUAAAAGGUAGAAGACUUUUCUCUCCAGGUGGUAGAUUCAGUCUAGGAAGAAUGGCGCCGGGAAGCGGUUACUGUGUUGGCAUCAUCGUUGAGUCCAGAUUUGGGAAUGAGAAAUCCUCCAAAAAAUCUAGAAAUCACGACAACGGUUUAGCAAACACUUGGAUUAUCGGCGAACCAUUCUUUAAAGAUGUGCAGGUUGCUUUUGAGGUGAGAAAAGCAAAGUAUAUGUCCGCUGGCUGGAAGGAAAAGCUAAAUGUCGCUCAGUGGAAAACGAAACGAGUCGGCUUUCAACGAGUUUGA